AUGAGUGCCAGCGGCAAAACGAUGCCUCCUUCACUUGGUGAUUCCGACCAUUCGUUCACAGUCAACGGCAAAGCAAAAGUACACACCGACCCGUUCGCCAAGUACACGAAGCACGGCCACGAGGGCAUUCUCCAGCUACAAGAGGCAGUCGCCACCGUUCUCUUCACCGCGUCACCUGAAACCCUCAUGUCCUUUGUCGAUCCGAUGGUACACAACUUCAAGGCUGUCUUCAAGAGCGACAAGCAGCUUGUCAUCUGGCGCAAAGGAAACGCCGUCUUCAUUGGCACCUUCGAACAUCACCCAUCGAUGAAAGUAUUCGGGUUCGAGCACCUUGUCGGCGUAGCAAUUGGCUACGAUGGCUCCUGGCGCGUGAUCAAAAGCAGCGGCAAUGCCUUUUGCGAGAGCAGAUGGUCUGAGGUGUGGAGUGGCAAGUACCGAUGCUUCGGCGGUGCGAACAGGAUGGUAGCCGAGUAUGAAGACAUGGUGGCGGAGAAGGGACAGCGUGCGGCGAUGCUGGCUGCGAAGAUUCUGGAUGGAGGGUUUGGUACAGCCAAGAUGCAGCUCAAAACUACGUGAGCGUCCGUAGCGAAUGGGCCUAGUUUUCUGCGUGUGAGAGUUCUUGCAUGACCCCGAGUUCAGCGAACAAGUACAUGUCUCGUGCCGCGAGAGAAACGUGACGUUAGGUUGCUCUGCUGUUGAGUGAUUAUACUUCGAAACUCAUGCUUUACAUGGACCGCAGCACGUAUUCGAUAGUAAAUGAUUGUCCAGGCAUUCGUCUCAACUUGUAGAGACUGCUCUACACUGAGAAUGUCUGUUCCGCGUGCACGUCUAGGUUCAGAUGGUUCAGACGAGACUCCUCGGGGCACGGUUAGAAUGGAGGCUAACGUCCAGUACAGUGAUUGACUUGCUUGUCAAUUUGUUCUUUCUGGCAGCGGCGACUUUUUGCUAUCAGG